AUGUCUACGCCAGCAUCUCCAAAUGAAUCAACCCCGCUGCUGACGCACGAGGUGGACAGUAGCACUCAGCUGCCUGUCAAUGUAUCUGCGGAGAAUCAAGGUGAGCCUGUCAACAAUGAUGGCUCGAUACAGCCAAUCGACAAGGCUCUGUUACGAAUGGUGACAAUUACGCUGAUCAUCGGGAUACUGGAGUUUGUGAUCCUCUGCGCCGAUUUCUUAAUCCGCCAAUAUUGCAGCACCCGUUUUGGCACAUCCAGCUUUUGGUUCAUGUAUUAUUGGCCUACAUAUCUCCUGGUGAACAUCUUUGUAACGGCCUUCACUGUCACAAACAUCUACAUGCUCAGAAAGAAGAAGCGCCCUUUCUUGCCCUUCCUGAGUGUAUUCGUCUUGGCCUAUGUUGCAAUUCUCCUCUACGUUUGUGUGCUUGAUGAAGUGAACACUUCGGGCUUCUACAAUCCAAUUAAAUGUCCCGACUAUCUCGAUAACCCUGAUUAUGGAUAUCCAGGGACAAUCGAUGAGUGUAGAGCUAUUAUCACAGCGGUCGCGAUUAUCAACUGGAUUCACUUCGGUUUUGCCUUCAUUGUAGCAAAUCUUCUCGUUGCAUUGUUUGUCGCAUUCCUGAUCAAGGUCAUCAAGAGCUGGAAUCAACAACCACGACAGACGUGGCUACAAAUUCCAGCAGGACAAUUCUCCAUUGAGGUCGCAGUUCGUUGGGGGCAGAACAACGCACAGAGCAGGCCCGUGGAAGCUUAA